GAGUGGGCGCCCGCCCAGGUGCAGGAGUGGAACGUGGAGCCCCCCCACCUGAUGCCGCUGCAGCCGCCGCUGCUGCCCGAGCGGGCGCACGUGCGGGAGGCGCAGCUCCACUCCGCCGAGGCCUCGCUCUGGACCGUGGUGGCCACGGUGCAGGCGAUGGAGAGGAAGAUCGACCUCCUGGCCACCCGCCUGCUCAGCCUGGAGGGCCGCUCCGGCACGGCCGAGAAGAAGCUCCUGGACUGCGAGAAAACCGCCAUGGAGUUCGGCAACCAGCUGGAGAGCAAGUGGGCCGUGCUGGGCACCCUCAUCCAGGAGUACGGGCUGCUGCAGCGGCGCCUGGAGAACGUGGAGAACCUGCUGAAGAACAGGAACUUCUGGGUGCUGCGCCUGCCCCCCGGCCCCCGGGGAGAGGUGCCCAAGGUGCCGGUGACGUUUGUUGACAUUGCCGUCUACUUCUCGGCGGAGGAGUGGAAGAAUUUGGAGGAGUGGCAGAAGGAGCUGUACAAUAACCUGGUGAAGGAGAACUAUGAGUCUUUGAUCUCCCUGGACGCAGCCCUGGCCAGGAGCGACGCGCAGCCCCGGCUGGAGCGCGGGGAGGUGCCCUGCGUCCCCGAGCAGAGGGACCUGGAGCCGCGGGAGCUGCCGGCGGACGCCUGCGCGGAGCCGCUGAUCUCCACCUCCGACAUCCUGUCCCGGAUCAAGCAGGAGGUGGCGUUCGUGGGGGAGCAGCAGUUCGGGGAGGACCGGGGGAUGCCCGCGGACCCCUGUGCAGGUGCGGACGCCCUGAUCACGGCGCACGACUUCUUGUCGUGGAUCAAGCAGGAGGAAGAGCCGUGCGUCAGGGAGCCCUGGGAGCUGCCGGAGAGGGAAAUCCUGACCGGUCCCGGCCCCGCCGGCGAGGGGCUGAUGGUGAAGACGGAGGAGCGGUGUCCCCGCGCCGAGCCCCCGGAGGAGGUGCUGCCGGGUGCCUCCGCGGAGCUGCUCUUCCCGGGCUCGGGCUUCGGGAGCCCCGAGGGACAGGCAGCGGUGGCCGGGGGGGCCCUGCCCGCACAGCACAGACUGGGCAAAGCCCUGGGUGCGGAGCCAGGGCCGGGGGCUGAGCCGGGGGGGGUCCCGGCAGCGGCGGCACCGUCCGAGGAGCGCCCUCACGGCUGCGCCGAGUGCGGGAAGAGCUUCAGCGGGAAGAAGAGCCUGCGGAUCCACCAGCGGAGCCACGCGGCCGAGCGCCCUUACCCCUGCGCCGAGUGCGGCAAGAGCUUCAACUGCCACUCGGGGCUGGUGCGGCACCAGAUGAUCCACCGCGGCGAGCGGCCCUACAAGUGCGCCGAGUGCGGCAAGUGCUACAGCCGCAAGGAGCACCUGCAGAACCACCAGCGGCUGCACACGGGCGAGCGGCCCUUCGUCUGCGCCGCCUGCGGCAAGAGCUUCAUCCGCAAGCAGAACCUGCUCAAGCACCAGCGCAUCCACACGGGCGAGCGGCCCUACCAGUGCCCGGCUUGCGGCCGCAGCUUCCGCUACAAGGAGUCCCUCAAGGACCACCAGCGCGUGCACGGGGCCGAAGCGGGACCCCCGCCGCUGCCACCCCCCGGAUUGCCCCCCGGGGACUAGGGGACGCCCCCGCCGCGGACUGAUGCCCCCUUCCCCGGGACUUAGGAGGGGGGCCACGCGCCGGCCACGGAGCUUUGUACCAAAUCCGGGCACCCGGCCGGGGGGCGCAGGCAGUGGCGCGACCUGCCACGUGCGUGGGGAGGGGUCCCCCCCCCCCCCCCAGCCCCACCACGGAGGGACGCUCGUCAGCCCCCCUGCCGCUCGCCCCCGCCAGACAAUCUGGGGAUGAUGGCCGGGAGCUGCUGCCUGCCAUGCCCCCCCCUCCCCUCGCCGCUGCCCCCCGCCGCCAUCCCCGCCUGCUGCUCUGCCCCCUCCCUCCGAGCCCCCGCUGCUUAUUUUUACUCCCCGCGCCGUCCCGCUCUGUACAGUGCUUGGGGUGUCGUUUUUGUAUGGACGAUGCAACGCGGAAUAAAGUCGUGCUGGGCUGCAGCGCCUUUGCCCCA